GGAGGACCUGAAGCAGCUGGUGGGUCCCGGCGGCCUCGCCGUUGCGUUUGGGCUCGGCCCGGCCGCGGGACGACCCUCCUUGCCGAGGCGCCCUAGAUGCUAUGCCCGCCCCGCUCGCCGUCCCCCACUGCCUCUGGCUUCGCUCCUUGCAUUAAAAGGCUCUAGCUACAAUGGACUGCUUGAACGACAUCAUAUUCACACCAAAAAUGUAGAGCAUAUUUUAGAUAGUUUACGGAAUGAGGGAAUUGAGGUUCGUCUAGUAAAGAGGAGAGAAUAUGAUGAAGAAACUGUUCGAUGGGCAGAUGCUGUGAUAGCUGCGGGAGGUGAUGGCACAAUGCUUCUGGCAGCAAGUAAAGUCUUGGACAGACUUAAACCAGUUAUUGGAGUAAACACUGAUCCAGAACGGUCUGAGGGUCAUUUAUGUCUUCCUGUUCGAUAUACACAUUCCUUCCCAGAAGCCUUACAGAAGUUCUAUUGUGGUGAGUUCAGGUGGUUAUGGAGGCAGCGAAUCAGGUUGUACCUUGAAGGGACUGGCAUAAACCCUGUUCCUGUGGACCUUCACGAACAGCAACUAAGUUUGAACCAACAUAGCAGAGCCUUCAACAUUGAAAGAGUUCAUGAUGAAAGGUCUGAAGCUUCAGGACCCCAGCUUUUGCCAGUGAGGGCACUAAAUGAAGUCUUCAUUGGGGAAAGCCUAUCAUCCAGAAUGUCUUAUUCUUGGGCUGUAGCAGUGGACAAUUUAAGAAGAAGUAUACCCAUUCUAAAGGGACUGGCUUCCUACUAUGAGAUUUCAGUUGAUGAUGGUCCAUGGGAAAAACAGAAGAGUUCGGGGCUCAAUUUGUGUACUGGAACAGGAUCAAAGGCCUGGUCAUUCAAUAUCAACAGGGUUGCAACUCAGGCUGUGGAAGAUGUUUUAAAUAUUGCAAAACGGCAAGGAAAUUUAAGUCUUCCAUUGAACAGAGAAUUGGUAGAGAAAGUAACAAAUGAAUAUAAUGAGUCACUGCUCUACAGCCCAGAAGAACCAAAAAUACUUUUCAGUAUCAGAGAACCAAUAGCAAACAGAGUUUUCUCAAGCAGUCGUCAGCGUUGUUUCACCUCAAAGGUUUGCGUUCGUUCUCGUUGUUGGGAUGCCUGUAUGGUUGUGGAUGGAGGAACUUCUUUUGAGUUUAAUGAUGGAGCAAUUGCUUCAAUGAUGAUCAAUAAAGAAGAUGAGCUUCGAACUGUGCUUCUAGAACAGUGAAGGAUUUCCUUGGAUGACAAAUUUUGAUUACCAGAACAAUACUUUUACUACAGAAACAGAGUACUGGUCAUAAAGCUACAUUUUUUGGUUAUUGUUGAGACUGGUUGGCCCUUGGCUGCAAGAUGACUAAGAAAGUGAGAUUUGCAUUAUUCUUUUGAAUUCUGAUGGAAAAGAUGUUCACUAAGAAAAUGGAUGGACUAAACUGUUUAGAAUUGAUACCAGUGAAAUUUCUAUAUUACUUAACGAUUGGUAUCGAAGAGUAUUGAUAUCUUUUUAAACUUAGGGAGGUAGGUUCAAAUAAAGGAUUAAAUGUUUAGGAUUUGAAAUUUAACUGUACAACUUUUUUCCCUUUCCUCUUAACUUUGUGGAAUUGGUCAGAACACACACACAUCAUUUGAUUAGUGUAUAUUUUUUUAUAGCACCUAAAAUCAAGAUUUUAAAAAAAUUUUGAUGGGGAAUUUUGAUAAAUCCUGACAUUGACCUAAUUGAAGUAGGUAAGUGUGUUUUUAUAUGUGCUAAGAAUUUUCUAAUUCCAGAACACAAUGUUAUUAUCACUAUUGAUUUAAAAAAUGAGGGAACUUUUAAAAUUAUAGUUUUCAUUUAAUUGACUUUCAGGUUAAUUUUGACAAUUGCUGGGUGAAAUACAUAUAACUGGACAAAAUCAUGAUGCUAUUACAAGCGUAUUAAUUAUUUUAGGUCACAGAUGAUUUUUUUAAAAAUGAUUUGAGUCUAAUAGAUUUCUUCCAUAUUUAAAACUAACAUGGAUUCAAAGACUAAAAAGUUGAACUGAUUAAACAUACUAUUAGGAAUUUGUUCAAACUGUUAAAAAAUAUUUUCACCUAGUGUUCAGGAGUAUUGUCAGAAAAAAAUGGAUUAUUUAAUAAAUAUGUAAAACACUUUAGUUUUGGAAUUGCUCUACUUUUUAAUAUCAUCACCAUUUUCGCCUAGCUCGUAUUAUAAGUUUUACACAUUAGCUUUGGAGGCAAAGAUGUUAUGGCUUUUCUUUUCCCUGCAACUGAGAGUUCCUUUAUUUUGGAAGGAAAUUAUUUUUAUCUAAUUCUUUAUCUACAUAUACGUCAUCUUAUCAACCAUUGGUAUUUUCAUGCCAUUUAUUCAAAUUUGUAUGUUUUUUUACUUGCUGUUAACAAUCAUUGAAAUAUUUAUUGAAUACCCAUUCUAUUCCAUGUACUCUAUCAGGUGCUGGAUAUACAUUGAUCAAUGAAACAGACAGUAUCCUGAUAAAACUUGAGUCUAGUGAGCUCAGAAGUAAACUCUGUAAAAGCUAGUUUGAUAAUCACAUUGAAUGCUCUUAGUUUUGCCAAUAUUUAACAUGUUCUUAUCAAAUUUUUUUAUAUAAAUGUUAGUAUAGAAAGGUAAUCUAGGUUUUGAUGUAUAUCCAGAAGAAUAAUGUUUUUUUCUUAGUUAAGAGUAUCUGCAUAGACACUCAUUAGCGAAGAGUUUAUAUGAUGUAUACAGUAAAAAUAAGUUUUCCCACAGCUGGAUCUAGUUUCUGGUUUGAUUUAAAAAACGAUAUACUUAAGAUAUACUUUAUAAAGAAGUGAAAUUCCACACUGUAAAACUCCCCUAGUAGGUUUAAAAUGCCUUCUUGACAAAAAUGCCAACUCUAUCUUUAAGAUCAAGAUUUCAUUGUCCAUAAUAGUACCAUAGAUCUGUUAAUAUGUAACAUAUUAAGUAACCUGCUAUGUAAAAUUGUUCAUAAGCUAUAUUUUAAAGGUUUAAAAAAUGCUUAAUGUGUUCCAUUUGCAGUAUAACUUUUAAUAUUUCUGCUGUGUGGUGGGGAUUUAUUUGUAAGAGACAAUGAGGCAAAAGAUGUUGGAAUAGCAAAAAUGUUUUUAUGAAUUAACCUCUCUAAUGGCAACUAUAUAUGUGAAUAAAAUUAAAACAAUUAUCUA